UCCAUUAGUAUAUCUUGGCUUUUAGUGACUGCUGCUGUGGUCUCAACACAGAAGCCUUUAAACCAAAAAACUGGCUUAAACUUGGAAUGUGUUGGAAAUGUGAUGAGGCUUACCUUGGAUAACUCACUCACUUUUGGAAGUGAGCUUCAAGUUGAUGCCAUGAAUGGUACACAGGCUGUGCCUUUAACUCCUGAGUUGGCAGCAAAGUGUGGCUAUAGCAUGCACUCUGAUCACUGGGGCAAUACUAGGAUCUAUACAUCACUACUGAGUUGCUUUGCUCAGAACCAGGGGGACUGUAUCUUUAAUAUUGGACUACGUCUCCGGUUGUAUGGUAAUCAAGAGUCUGAUGUACGUGAGGUGACUCAGACCUGUGAAUACAAUGAGUGGGCUUCUCGUGAGAUUCUCUGUGAACGCAACUUUAUGGAGGUCUCUGUUUACAGAUUGCCCCCUGAGAUUGACCAUCCAAGACAUGAGCUUAAGGGGAACUAUUUGGCUAAUCCUAAGGCCUCUACAUCCCUAAACAAUGUGUGGAGGAUGGUCUUUUACACACCCAAAGAAAAGCCCAUGAUGUUGGCAGAGGUACAGAAUGCAGGGUAUGGGGUAUCCUCAACUCCCUCACGAUUGGUGCUGCGAAGUCCUUACAACAUGCCUGAAACAUACACUCAGAAUGUGAAUGGGGUACAAAUGGAGGUCUUCAGAGUGACCACCUACUUCAAGAGGGAGUGGUCUGUAACAAUGAUUGAUACUGCUGCUGCCUGUCCAACUGGUGGACUCCAUUUUACUGAUGAACAAAUAAUCUGGUAUAUUCCCCGGUACAUCACCCCACUACUGACGGAGCCAUAUGAAAUCCUUGAACUUCACAUGGGCAUCAAUGGAAAGAGGCUGAAUAAAGCACAGAUGGAUGCUAUGGGCUAUACCUUAUCUGUAACUGAUUCUCAAAUCAUACUUUCUUUGCCUGUGGGUGGCCCAGAGGGCAACUAUAAGAGUCAUGCCUUGGAUUACAAGUACCAUACUACCUAUAGUAUUGAACCCAUGCUUGAGCUGCUGUGGAAGGAGGGAAAGUCUGACAUCACCAGAUACAAAGUCCAGUACCCGAUUACCACACCUCUUGAGGCCAGACCACCACAGGUCCUAGACAAUACUGUUGUGGAGUCAGGAGUAUUUGAUGUAUUGCUGGGGAGUUUUCUACACGAUGUUGAGCUGAUGAACAUCACCUUCUCAACUGGUGUGAUGACUGUGGCAGAAGCCAAUGCUGGGGGCUUCAAUGUGAAGCAGCACAUGCUUCCUAAUGGGUACAAGACUUUCAGCAUGCAUGUCCCCUUCAAUGAUCCUGUUGUCCUGAAACAUACCAACCCUGAAACUACUACAUACACUCUUCCACUCAUCUACGGAUUGAUGAUUUUACCAGAAUACGUGCCCUUUCCCCAGCCUGCUCUGGUGGAAGCAACUCUUAAGGAUGUCAAUCCACCAACUAUACGUGGAACAUGUGAUGAGGAGAACUUCUACAUAACUGUUGCGUAUGGGAACCAAGGCAAGAAUUUGAAGGCAGUGGUGGGCAUUCGUGACUUGUCUGCUGACCUCUUUAAAGAGUACAGUGGUAGAGAGAAUUCCACCCACAUGAGCAUGGCUGUGCCUUUCCUGGCACAUGAUGUUGUGUUUGAGUCAGCCCAUCACUCAGUAGUGAGGGGUCGUCUCAAUGUGCAACUUCUGGAUACAGUCAACAAUUGGCAUUUCAAGAACUUCUCCUUGGCUUGCAGUUUUCCUAUGACCAUGACUGAGUGUUUCUCCAAUGGAUCAAUGACUGCACUUGCAGUGAAGGUAGAGUCUGCAUCCAAGAUGGUUCCCAGCCAGUUAACACUGAAGGAUCCCUCAUGUAAACCCACUUUCAGCAAUGACCGCUUUGCCUACUUUUCCUUUGAUGCAAGCAGCUGUGGAACAACUAGAAUGUUCAAUGAUGGCUUCAUGAUAUAUGAGAAUGAAAUCUCAGUGGGUGGUACGAAAGGUGAUGCCCAUCAAGGAGCUGCAAAGGAUAGUCCUGUGACAAUCCCUUUGACGACAGAAUAUCGUGUGACAGUCUCCUGCUACUACAUGCUGAACGACACCCAGACGGUAACAUUCAUCACUAAACGGCAGGAAAAUGAGCCUUUUGCUGAAACGGGUGUGGGAGAACUGCAAGUCAAAAUGAGGCUUGCUAAGGAUAGCUCUUAUGCUGCAUUCUAUAUGGAGGAGGACUACCCAGUAGAGCAGUAUUUAAGACAACCUCUCUAUUUUGAGGUGGCACUGCUUAAAUCCACUGACCCUCGACUAAAGCUGGUCCUGGAGAAUUGUUGGGCUACUGUCAAUGAUGGUGUCUCUACUCUGAGCUGGGACCUCAUUGUUGAUGGCUGUGAGAAUCUUGAUGACCAUUAUGAAACCAUCUUCCACCGUGUUGCCCUUGAUGACCGGGUUCAGUAUCCUACACACCUGAAACGCUUUGAAGUAAAGAUGUUUGCAUUUGUCAGAGACAAUGUGGUCCUCAGAGAUCAGGUGUUUGUCCACUGUGAAGCUGUGAUCUGUGACAUUAACCAGACGGAUGCAAUCUGUAAGAGGAAUUGUCCUUUCCCAUUGGCCAGGGACAGCAAGAGAGUGCACAGAAGCAUGGUGGCAGCACAUCGCAGAAGGCAGGUUUCCUCUGGAAAGAUCUUGCUCUCCAGCUUUACUCACUUUUAA